AUGUGCGUGUACCUGGCGCCGCGAUGGCGACGACGCUCGUCGUCGCCACUACUAGCGGUGCUCGUGCUGGCACUUGCACUGCUACUGACGGCUGUCGACGGCCGUACACUGCGUAGUCUGGGGACAGGCUCCACUUCCAACUUGAUUAACCAGCAGGAGGUCGGAGUCGUCACGACAGACUCGCAGCAGAGCACCACGACGGUGACCACCCGAGCCUGGAAGUCGGGCAGCUACAGCGCCAGUCAGCUCGAUGAAAAGUCCGUCUCCUUUGACAGUUUGGUCAAGACAACCACAGCUCCGAUGGAGCGCAGUACGGAGCAAUCAAAAGAGGAGUCGGGCUCAAUGGAUCAUGAGGUGCAGACUCCGUGCGCCAUGGAUCGCGAUAAGAGCAGCUCGGAUGCAGGAGAUGCCAAGCAGGGUGAUAACGAUGACGACGACGGAUCAUUUGACGCUUACGAGAAGGACGAAAGUGAUGACAGCAGCGCGAACAGCAAGUCUAACGAUGAGACUACCAGUGCAAAGGGUACCACAAACAAGGAGACGACUCCAGCAUCAACUCCGGUACCAACUCCGGCACCAACUCCGGCACCAACUCCGGCACCGACACCGGCACCGACUCCGGCACCGAUACCGAUACCGACACCGGCACCGACACCGACACCGGCACCGACAGCAGCUCCGACCCCUGUGUCGACACCAAAGCCGGCUCAGGGGCCACCGCACCCUGGUUCGUUCGACGCCAGGCCUAAGAGCUGGUCAUCCUCCGGUUCUACUGAGCAGACGGUGGAAGAUCAAUCGUACCAGACCAACAGCGCUAGCGCGCUCGAGAACAGGACCAAGUCGGCUGCAUUGGUGACAGAUAACAGGUCGUUCGAUCAAACGCUGGUGGUUGUUAUCGUCGGUGUCGUUGGAGCUAUCGGUGCAUUGCUCAUGUUCGUGUCGCGUAAGGUGUUGAAGGAAACAAGAGAUUCCGACCUGGAGGAUUCCAGCAUUUUCUAGCUCGAAGGGAGGUGACGGAAUGAGUGGGAUAUCUGUAAACUUUACUGCGUCGGGUAGUGUUAUCUAAGGGGAGGAACUAGCUGGCCUUGCAAUCGAGCACUAGGCGAACCGAAACUAGUCCAUAAUGCAGCACAGAGGGAAGCAACAAGAAGCUAUAUCAAAUAGACUAGCGCACACGCACAAGCGCGCAA